AUGGCCUCGGCUUCUUCCACCUUCAAAUUCUUCUCAUUGCUAGUAGCCUCCUUCGCUGUUGUCCAAAUAGCUAUUGCCGGGGACCCAGAUAUUGUUUCAGACUUCUUAGUCCCACCAAAUGUAACCACAGUUGAUGGAUCAUUCUUCACAUUCACUGGCAUGCGUUCCCUUGUUGGUGCACAACCACCUUCAGCUUUCAAGGUCUCGAAAGUAAGCGCAGCUGAAUUCCCUGCUCUUAUUGGUCAAAGUGUUUCGUAUGCAGUCCUUCAAUUCCCGGCUGGCACUACUAAUCCACCUCACACUCAUCCUCGCUCAGCUGAGCUCCUGUUCGUUGUUGGUGGCUCUCUUCAGGUAGGGUUCGUUGACACAACCAACAAGCUCUUCACCCAGACACUACAGGCUGGUGACAUGUUCAUAUUCCCCAAGGGGCUUGUCCACUUCCAAUACAACGCAGAUGCUCAGAAUCCAGCUUUGGCAGUUUCUGCUUUUGGGAGUUCUAGUGCAGGGACUGUGUCGCUUCCUACCACCCUUUUCGCCACCAGCAUUGAAGAUAACAUCUUGGCUAAGGCCUUCAACACUGAUGUUGCCACCAUUCAAGCUCUCAAGGCUGGUCUUGCACCUAAGCCUUGA